AUGGAGGAAAAGCUUUGGAAGGAUCAUAGUGUGCUCCUCAACAAGGAUGAAGAAAAUGAGCUGGAGAUUUUUGGCUAUAAAACCCAAGGCUGCCGAAAAGCCCUGUGCAUUGCUGGAUACAUCUUGUCCUGUGGGGCUCUGCUGCUGCUGUUCUACUGGAAGCCAGAGUGGGAUGUGUGGGCAAACUGCAUCCGCUGCUGCCUGGAAGAAGCGGACGUUGUUCUGCUCAGAACAACAGAUGAGUUUCAGAGAUACACCCGGAAGAAGGUGACCUGGAUUGAUUUAUCCACAUUGGCACUACCUGUUGGUAGUAAUUCAGGUGGUCCUCUUGUAGCUGAUAAAGACUCUGUCAUAAACAGAGCCAUAAUGAAGCCACAGUUGAAGAUGAGGUGUAUCCAGGUGCAGAAAAUCCGUUAUAUUUGGGACUUUUCUGUAAAAGAAUUCAAGAAAGUUGGAUCAUUAGAAGACAGCAACACAUGUCACAGCAUACACCACAAGUUUGGAGCUGGCCUUACAAGGGAAGAACAGGAGAUCAGGCAGCUGGUGUGUGGGCCUAAUGCCAUCGAAGUUGAAAUUCGUCCUAUUUGGAAGUUACUUUUUAAAGAGAUUUUAAACCCCUUCUACGUGUUCCAAGCCUUCACCCUCACGCUGUGGCUGAGCCAAGGCUACACUGAAUAUUCAGUGGCCAUCAUAAUCCUGUCGAUCAUUUCUGUUGGCUUAACUGUGUACGACCUCAGACAGCAGUCUACCAAGCUGCAUGACCUCGUUGAGGAGCAUAACAAAGUCCAGGUUACAGUCUGCACGAAGAGCGAAGGUUGCAAAAAGCUGGAGUCCCGUUACUUAGUCCCUGGAGACAUGUUUCUUUUAGAUGGAAAAAAGCUUCCUCUCCCAUGUGAUGCCGUCCUGAUUGAUGGAAGCUGCAUUGUCAAUGAAGGGAUGCUCACAGGUGAAAGCAUUCCAGUUACUAAAACCCCCUUGCCCCUCACGGAGAGUCUGAUGCCCUGGAAAACCCACAGCAUGGAAGACUAUCGGAGACAUGUCCUCUUCUGUGGGACAGAAGUCAUACAGACGAAGCCAACGGGCAGAGGGCCAGCGAGAGCUGUCGUGCUGCAAACCGGGUUCGAUACAGCUAAAGGUGACCUGGUGAGAUCCAUCCUCUACCCCAAGCCAGUGAACUUCAAACUCUACAGAGAUGCCUUCAAGUUCAUUGUAGGUCUCUCUGUCAUUGGCAUGUUCGGACUCAUCUACACCGUGUGUGUGUUUGUGUCCCACAAGAAGUCGGUGGCAGACGUGGUGGCUAUGGCCCUCUUCCUCCUCACUGUGGCCGUGCCUCCCACUAUCCCCGCUGCCUUGACAACAGGCACUGUUUAUGCCCAACGGAGGCUAAAGAAAAAGAAGAUUUUCUGCAUCAGCCCACAGAGGAUUAAUAUCUGUGGGCAGAUCAACCUUGUUUGCUUUGACAAGACAGGCACGCUGACAGAAGAUGGACUGGACCUGUGGGGCGUCAUCCCUUCCGAGGGAAGCCGGUUUCAGAAAAUCCAUAAGUUCCCAUCCAGCACUCCUCUGCCCUGGGUACCUGUGUGCGGAGCCAUGGUGAGCUGUCAUUCGCUGGUUGUUUUGGAUAAGAAGAUUCAGGGAGAUCCGCUGGACCUGAAAAUGUUUGAGGGCACACACUGGGAGAUAGAUGACUCCAGCACAGCUCAGGAUGGGGCUGGUGCUCUCGACACCUGCGUCAUUAGACCGGGGCCGAAGGCCAGCAGUGCUCCUGUGGAAGGAAUAGCAAUCCUACAUCAAUUCCCAUUUUCUUCUGGGCUGCAGAGGAUGUCUGUUGUUUCACAGAAGAUCGGAGAGGAACAGUAUGACCUGUACAUGAAAGGAGCACCAGAAAUAGUGUCCAGCUUUUGUACACAAGAAACUGUCCCAGCUAAUUUCUUAAAGGAGCUUAAGACAUACACAAGCCAAGGCUUCAGAGUCAUUGCCCUGGCCCAUAAAGUGCUAAACCUAGGAAAGGAUGUAAACGUGAGCAACCUAGAGAGAGAGGAGGCAGAGUCUGGGCUGGCGUUCCUGGGCCUCCUGGUGAUGGAGAACCGCCUGAAGCAGGAGACGAAGCCCGUGUUACAAGAGCUGGCUGCUGCCCGCAUCAGGAGCGUCAUGGUCACAGGGGACAACCUGCAGACAGCUGUCACGGUGGCCAGGAACGCGGGUAUGAUUCACACAGGCAGCAAAGUCAUCCUUGUCGAAGCAAACGAACCGGAGGGCUCCACUCCAGCUUCCAUUGCCUGGCGACUGGCAGAAGACAGCGAAGCAAACACAGCUGCUUUCAGUGAGGUAUGUGCUAAUACCGAGGAAAAGAUCACCUUGGAAGGAGAAACCUCCAGCUACCAUUUUGCAAUGAAUGGGAAGUCCUAUCAGGUUAUAAUAAAGUACUUCUACAACUUGCUGCCAAAAAUACUGGUCAACGCGACUGUCUUUGCUAGGAUGUCUCCUGGCCAGAAGUCCAGCCUUGUUGAAGAGUUUCAGAAACUCAAUUACUACGUGGGUAUGUGUGGUGAUGGUGCCAAUGACUGUGGGGCUUUGAAAAUGGCCCAUGCAGGGAUAUCGCUGUCAGAGCAGGAGGCAUCCGUGGCCUCGCCUUUCACCUCCCAAAUCCCCAACAUCCAGUGUGUGCCGGAGCUGAUCAGGGAAGGUCGAGCAGCUUUGGUUGCUUCCUUUGCUGUGGUUAAAUACCUGACCCUUUACGGCCUGAUUCAGUUUGUUGGUACUGCACUGCUGUUUUGGCAACUGCAAAUCUUUGGGAAUCACCAGUAUUUGAUACAAGAUGUCAUCAUUACCCUUCUGGUUUGCCUAACAAUGAGCUUGACUGAAGCCUAUCCAAAGCUGGCACCUUAUCGCCCUCCCGGACAGCUCAUCUCUCCUCCCUUGCUGCUCUCCAUCAUCCUCAACGUGUGCUUUACCAUAAGCAUGCAAACCUGUGGCUUCCUUUUGGUGAAGCAGCAGCCCUGGUAUGUAGCGCUGGCCAGCCAGAGACAUUGCUCUCCAGGGAACCAGACCGUGUCCCCCACCAGCCCAGUGGGAAACAGUACCAACAGCGGCGCCCAAAGCACUGUCCUCAGUUACGAAGACACUACGCUGUGGCCACUGUCUUCUAUCAACUGCAUCAUUGUGGCCUUUGUCUUUUCCAAGGGAAAGCCCUUCCGGAAGCCCAUCUACACCAACUAUAUAUUUUCGGUUGUCCUCGCCCUCCAGCUUGCAGUCUGCCUCUUCCUCUUCUUCGCCGACAUUGAUGCUGUGUACGGUGGCAUGCAGUUUCUUUGCACUCCUGUGAUCUGGAGAGUUUACAUCUUACUGAUGCUCUUGGUCACCUUUUGCGUAUCUUUUUUUACGGAGGAUGUUAUCUUGCAGAACAAGCACCUCUGGCUGCUGAUUAAAGCCUGGUUUGGGUACCAGUCAAACAGCCAGUACCGAAAAUGGCAGAGGAUGUUGCAGAGGGAUCCCAACUGGCCUCCCGUAAACGCAAAAGACUUUGCAGCAAAAAGCACGGAUGAGACUUACGUUAACCCCAUCUACGAACACAGUGAUGAGAACUAG